AUGAACAACUUAUUACGAAUAGUACCCUUGGCUCAGGGACUCGCUAAAUCAACAACCCACAGCCGAACUAUAUCUAGAUGUAUGUCUACAUAUCUUGCCACCACAGCACGCCACAAAUUACAUCAACACCAGCCCAUUUUGACAACGGCAAGUCCAACCAUCACUUCCUCUAGAUCUGUAUCCAACUCAACGAUAUCUCUUUUGCAAUCACAGGAACAGCAUGCGAACAAUGACUUGAACAAUGCUGGUGCUCAGUAUGAGUUUUACAAAUCCCUCUUGGCUAAUAACUACCCCCAUAUUGUCGUUCAAAGGUAUGAGACACCUGGUAUCGCUGCAUCACCCGAGUGCACUCAGUUGUAUAUAGACGCUUUGAACAAGAUUGGUAAAAAGGGAAGAGCAGAUCAAGUGGCAAACGCUUUACAUCAGAAUAGCUUGCACGGUAAUUUAGCUGCUGCCGGUAUCGGUGCAGGUGCAGGUGCAGGUGCAGGUGCAGGUUCCCCUAUUGGCAGUGGUGGCUUGCCUCACGGCUUUGGUUCUAGACACGAACCAGUACACGUUGUUGUUAGUGAAUCUUUGUUGACGAUUUUAUCGAAAUGGCUCAAAUGGUUGAUUCCAAUCGCUUUGAUCACGUAUGGUGCCACCAAUGCAUUCAACUACCUUGUUGAGAAUGGAACUAUUUUCAAGAAUGCAGAAGUCAAUGACAAAUCAGUUGAUGUUAGUCAGAGCACAGUUAAAUUCUCCGAUGUACAGGGUUGCGAUGAAGCAAGAGCCGAAUUGGAAGAAAUUGUCGAUUUCUUAAAGGAUCCUUCAAAGUUCACUGGAUUGGGGGGUAAAUUACCCAAAGGUGUGUUGUUGACUGGUCCUCCAGGUACGGGUAAAACAUUGUUGGCAAGAGCAACUGCUGGUGAAGCUGGUGUGCCCUUUUUCUUUAUGUCAGGUUCUGAGUUUGAUGAGUUGUAUGUUGGUGUUGGUGCCAAGAGAAUUCGAGAAUUAUUUGGACAAGCUAGAGACAAAUCCCCUGCAAUCAUAUUUAUUGAUGAGUUGGAUGCUAUUGGAGGUAAAAGAAACCCCAAAGACCAAGCUUAUGCAAAGCAAACAUUGAAUCAAUUGUUGGUCGAAUUGGAUGGUUUUAGCCAAACCGAAGGGAUCAUUAUUAUUGGUGCCACCAAUUUUCCUGAAUCAUUGGAUAAGGCAUUAACUAGACCAGGAAGAUUUGAUAAGGAGGUCAUUGUUGAUUUGCCAGAUGUUAGAGGUCGCGUUGAUAUCUUGAAACAUCACAUGCGUAAUGUUGAAACAGCUGAUAAUGUUGAUCCUUCCAUCAUUGCCAGAGGAACUCCGGGACUCAGUGGUGCUGAUCUUAUGAAUUUGGUAAACCAGGCGGCUGUCCAUGCAUCUCAAUUAUCUGCGCCUGCGGUGGACAUGUCACACUUUGAAUGGGCUAAGGAUAAGAUUCUUAUGGGUGCUGCCAAGAAGAAGAUGGUUAUCACUGAAGAGUCUAGAACCAAUACUGCUUAUCAUGAAGCAGGACAUGCCAUCAUGGCUAUGUUUUCUGCUGGUGCUACUCCGUUGUACAAGGCCACAAUUUUACCUAGAGGAAGAGCAUUGGGUAUCACUUUCCAAUUACCCGAGAUGGAUAAAGUUGACAUGAGCAAAAAAGAAUGCUUUGCUAGAUUGGAUGUUUGUAUGGGUGGAAAAAUUGCUGAAGAGAUGAUUAAUGGUAAAGAAAAUGUCACGUCUGGUUGUUCAUCCGAUUUGAGUAAUGCCACUGGUGUAGCAAGAGCCAUGGUUUUGUCGUAUGGUAUGAGUGACAAGAUUGGUCCUGUGAAGUUGAGUGAUGAUUGGGAGAGUUGGUCACCGGAGAUCAAGAAUUUGGCCGAUAAUGAAGUGCGUGAUUACCUUUUGAAGUCUGAAGAGAGAACUCGUAAAUUGUUGCAGGAUAAGAAAUUGGAAUUACAGCGCUUGGCGGAGGGGUUAUUGGAGUAUGAAACCUUGACCAAGGAUGAAAUGGAUAAGAUUGUACGCGGCGAAGCUAUCAAUAAGGAGAAAACUGUUAGCAAUACCGUGAUAAAGGGUCCAUCUUCAAGUACCGAUAAGAUUAGAGAUGGAUUGAGCUUUAAGGUGAAGUAA